UCAAAUUUACAUAUUUUUUUCCCGAGCCGGCCGUUUGAAGGCCAAAGGGGUUCUUGAUCUGCACUCUUCUGCUUGAUGACCUUCCUAUUCUGUAUCAUCAAGCACAGAUCGGCAAUCAGCGGCUGUUCAACCUUCACCGUAGGUGAUGGCCGAGGGGCGUUUGAUGUACGCGGCUGAGGUUUAUCUUAUUUGUCUUUUCUGAAGCUGCAGGCACGGGCAAUACUCCUUAAUCCUUUCUUUCUCGUCGUGUCGCCUCACCCUUUCUCCCCUCCGGCCGCAUAUUGACUUUGUUGGCUUGUUGGGAAUGUCGAUCACUGGAGAUCCGGUAUGGGCCGGGAAGAAGCCCUCGAAGAGACUUGGAGGAAUGGCGGAAGCCCUUUCCAUCGCUUCUGAUCUAGGUUUUUCUAUACCUCCUGUCGAGGAAGAGCUAAAGUCUUCAUCAAGCUCCUCUGGUGACAAAAGUGAUGAGUUGAUUAGGGUUUUAAGAGAGCUUACGGUUGUUCAGAGAAGCAUUGCGAAUUUGCAAGUAGAACUUCAAGGAAGAAAGGAUGAUAAGAAUGUGGCACAUCUUACACAUGUGAGUGAGAUGGAGAAGAAGUGCGAGUCCUUGGCCAGAAUUACAGCGAUACUGAAAGGCGUUAUCCAAAAUAAGGAUCGCAUUAUUGCUAGACUUCAACAGCCUUAUUCCUUAGAUUGCAUCCCAGUGGAAGCUGAAUAUCAGAAACAAUUUUCAGAAUUGCUGCUGAAGGCAGCAAGUGACUAUGGAGCUUUAACUGCAUCAGUUGCUGAUUUCCAAUGGAGCCAGAAUUUUAGGGAAGCACCGUCAGUAUGGGGGGAAAUGCUUCGACCAAUCCCAGUAGCUUUGGCAUCUUGCACUCGUUUCUUUGAGGCAAUGUCUGCAAUGAGGGAGUCAUUUGUAACCCUUCAAAAUCACCGAGUGGGUCCCUCGUCAAGACCAAUGACUCCAAGCAACUCUUCCACUGAUGAUUCUAAGUACUACACUCCUUGACAUACAUAAUUAGAGGGCAACAAGUAAAUUAAUUAUGGUUGCAUUUAUCCAAAUUUGAUUUUUAGUACAGUAGAAUGUCUGUGAUUAGUAAGUAACACGUCAGUUUGAAUGUGGGACCCAGCGGUGGAAGUUUUAUUUGCCAUUUUUAAAAGUGUGAACUACAUUUUUGUAUCCUUAGGAGUAUCUAAUUGAUUCCAUUAAGAUGAUCAUAAGAUAUGUACAAUGAGUUUGAUACACAUUUUUAAGUGUUCUUGUAUGAUAGAUUGAUGCAGCUUAAAUAUGUGUUAUGAAUGAUUGUUGAUAAAUGCAAGACGAUCAUGAUGUGCUCUAA